AUGUCGGAGCCUCCAGCUACCAGCAAUUUUUACCUAAGGAGCCAGGGAAUUUCCUUUGCUCUUCCUGUUGCCCUAGAGCCUGCUCGCGAAGCUGACGACUUGAAGCGUGUGGCAGUGGAGUUGUCUGCAAAGCGUCGCCGCACGAACAUCCCCAAGCUUCCGUGGGAGACAGGUCCCAUGAGCAUGAUUUUUUCUGCUGGGCCUGUCGUGCCUGCACGUGACUGGUCUUGCUCAGGUGUGCUGUUGAGUGCAGGAGCUUCUGAACAAGUUGUGAGUGAUGGUUUCGAGGGAGUGGCACCGCAGGAGCUAGGGCAGGUUACAGCUGCUUUUGGAAAGCGGCUUUUGCGCAUGAGGGCUCCGACCUCUGAGGAGCAGAUCCGUGCAGCUGCUUUGAAACGGCUUAAGCUUCUUGUGUGCCUGGACCCAACUGCUUCGAAGCUCGGCGUGUCAUUGCUUGACCAAAUGCAGAACUUGUGUGAUGAUGAAACAGUUGCUCGCUCCAUCUCCGAUGCAUUUCGAGCGAAAGCCUCACAGACUUUGAUCAAGAGGGCUGGGUCUCUUGAACGUUUUGCCAGAUGGUGUUUUGAUCAGGAUCUGCCUUCGCCCUUUCGAGCUGACGAGCAAAUCAUGUACAGGUACCUGUGCGACCUCAGGGCAUCAGGCGCAAAGCCGACGUCACCCAACCACUUCCUGCAGGCAUGGCGUUUCUUGCAUGGUGCCAUCGGCUUGAUUCACAGCCCGCCUUCUGAUGUGAUCUCGACGAGGUGUGAAGGUGCCUCAAGAGACCAAUACUUAACUAAAGCACCGUUGCGACAGAAGUCACCCUUGACCCGUCAUCAGGUCGAGGAGCUUGAGCGUGGAGCUGUUGAGAGUACUGAUACCAAAGAGGUUUGCGUUUUAGGGCAGAUCCUUUUCUGUCUGCAUGCCUCCUGCAGGUGGUCGGAUAGCCAGCGCAUUGUCAGCAUUGCCCGCCAGGAAGCUAAUGGGGUUGUGCUUUUAGUCGUUGAUGCCUUGACUGCGAAGCAUACCUACUCUCAGGAGAGUCAGCGGGUUUUACUGCCGUACGCUGCCCUUGGGCGAGGACUGUCGGGCCAUGAUUGGUCCGAGGCUUGGCUAUCGGCGCGUGAGGCCGAGGGCCUGGUGGUAGGCAAGGACAUGUGCCUGCCCAGCUUGCGCUCUGAUGGUUCAGGCUGGCUAGGUGUCAGGAUGAGUUCGACAGAGGGCCAGAUCUUUCUUCAAGAAGGCCUAGCUGGAGUUGAUAAGAGUGCUGUUCCCCUUUCACAGCUGGGAACGCACUCACUUAAGGCUACCCUCUUGACUUGGGCUCAACGUUCUCCUGUCGUUCCUUUCAAGAUGUGGGAACGCAAGCUGAUGGGUCACCAUUCUCUUGGUAAGGAAAGAUCGGCCUUGACUUAUUCGCGACAGGCCUAUGCCACCCUCAUGGGUAAGGUCCAGGCCAUGAUGGAAAGCAUAGCCGCCGGCAAUUUUGAUCCCGACAUGUGCGCUGCUGGUCGGGUUGCACAGGUGGCUGCUUCGUACCGUGCCAAGGGCAGUGAUGAGGGCCAACGCAUGGUGCGCAGACAGGAUGAUGACGAGGCGGCAGAGGCUGUGGUCGAUGCCUUAGAUCCUUCGAUUUUCCCCCGGGUGCAGUUUGAGGGUGGAUGGGCGUACAGCACACGGUUGGGAAAUGUCUUUUCCUUCAGUGUGCAUGUGGCAGAACGGAUCCACUUCGUGAUGGCCUUUGCGAUAGCCCUCGCUGCCUUCCUCGAGCGAUGUCGGCGCAUAGAGAUGACUGAAGCGACCAUCGAAGGGCUGCGCGCCCUUGAAGAAGGGCAGGUCAUUAAGUUCAUUGGUGACACCUUCCCUGAUUUAAAGGCGAGGGUGGAGCCUCCGCCCGUUGAUGCCCCGCCUCGCAAGAUGCCUGUUGCUGAGCGCCUGGCUCGUGAGAAAGCCCAGCGUGAGAAACUCAAUGGACUCAUUUGGGCCUGGCCAAGGUCGCAGGAGAUAUCUUGUGUAAAGCGUGACAAGUCUGUGCUUGUGGACACAGAUGGCGGCCUCAAGGUGACGGCAAAGAAUCAUGACAUGAGCUGUGAUGCGUCGACUGAGUAUGCUCUCCGCCAGGCCUGGCAGCGACGAAGUCUUGCUUUCGACUUGGCAGGGCUGGGAACCUUUCAUGCACUUGAGGGUUGGGUCAACAAGAUGUUCUUGGUUCUGUCGCGGCCCAUCCCUCCGGGCUAUAAGCCAGUCAACAUACACCAGUUGAUUAGCGCUGAUCGUGCCCUCUUCAUUCGGGCGGCCGACGCUCUGGUGGGCAGCUUAACAGGU